AUGUCAUCAUCCAUCGCACGGUACCUCGCCAAGACAGCUUUCAAACUGAGCGAUUGUCUGUCAGCACUCGAAGGCCGGGCUCUUCCGACGAACCUAGGAAAUCGCGUAGCGCGGCUGUGUGUCAUCAAUGGUCUUCGAAAGCAUCUGGACUUUGCACUCUCAGCCGAGGUGGACGAACUGUGCAGCGUUGAGGGCCAAGAAAUCUUUGCUCGAGCUCGAAAUGCAGGCUUGAUCAUGAAUGAUCGAGUACCCGAUGCGGACCUCAUGCACAACAAUGCAUGGCAUCCCUACUGUAUAUGGUCCCCACGUGUGGCUCGAGAAGAUACCUACCGCCAGCUAGCGACAGUCUUCCCCGAUAUGCGCUACCAGGUCGGCCGUGCCUGUGCUGUCGGAGGGUAUUCUCAACUCUACAAUGAGCUCGGUUUGCUGCCGGACCCUUGCAUCGCAGAGGAGGCUCGGGAGAACACUGCUGGUCCCGCGGCAGAGGGGGCCAGAAAGAUUUACGAGCAAAUCAUGGCCAGUCCAGUUCGAUUUGCAGUAAUGAACGACUACGAUCGCACUGUUCAGUUGCACACACCGAAGGCGUGCGCCCGUCUGAACGCUGAUACGGCUGUGUUGGCAUCUCUCGAGGAACGUCAGGUGUUUGAAGAAUACUUCCAUUCGCCCAUUGAUAGUCCGUGGAUUUAUUUUAAUAUAACAGAGGAUCAGGGUAUCGGUGACCAUACGGUGAAAGUCAAGCCGCACGAUCUCACCGACAGUGAGAUCGCGUUGUUUACUUCUCCUCUUCCGGAAGACUUGCCGACCAUGCACAAGGAUCUUUUGAUCCUUACAGCUGCAUUCGAAGGAAAUCUCGACCGCUAUGCUCGUCUGCGUCGUCCCGGUCAGACCAUCAAUUACGAACUUCACUGUGUAUUACCUGGCAUCUACAAAAGCUUCGCUAUGGCUAUUUGGCUAGAACGUAAUCCAGACAUUUUGGAAUUGAUUGCAUCCUCAUGGCAUCCGCGCGAGAUCAAGACGCUGAGGGCAGCUAUCCACGCUCGACGAAUCAUGAACAACGACAUCCACCGUCUUCUCGACAUGAAAAACGUUGUGCCUGACGAUGAAAUACCAUACUGGAUAUGGUAUCCCACUAUCCCUGCUGAGUGGGCACUACUCAAACUCGCCGAGGCUCGUCCGAAUAUGCGACCCCAAUGUGCACGUGCUUGUAUGGCGGGUGGCAUGCGUGAUGCGUACACUGAGAUCAUGGAUAUGUGCGACGACGAUGGCAAGCCGGUAGCGGUUGACAAAUAUCUAAUGCUUGAAGCCCAGACCUGUCCAGGGCACGAAUUUUUCGAAGCCGACAUGCUUCGACGUAAGGCGGAGCAAGGUCUUGACGAUCUUCAAGCCAUCGCAGAUGGCGACGAGGAGUGGAAAGAUAAUAUUCCUUGGCGCCAAGGGGACGUUGGAAGCCCAUACCUUCUCAGUAGAUUGCAAGACAGUUGCCAUAGUGUCGUACGUGCUGGCGAGGACUGGGGCAUGUACGAGGGCCUAGGCUCUGAUCUGGGCCGCGUCCGUUUGUACAUCAGCAGUUCGCCCGAGGCGAGAGCACGCGCUGAGACGAGAGGAGGUGUGAUGCACCUCGAGGAUGAGGACCUUGUUGUCGAUUAG